GUAGUUGAUGGUGAACUUAUUUGUUUGCGGUCUCGCUAUAACGAUGGGCCACGUUUCGUGGCAAUUUCUGGCUGAGUAGUAUAAUUCGUAUCCUUCUCUUCGCCUAUGUCCCCUCGUGCACUUUCAAGUUUCUUCUCAAGGUCUGUGUCCAGGUUGUAUUCCUCACCACCGCCACAAGCUAGAUGUUUAAUUUCACUCUGGUGUGGGGGUUCCGCCAGAUUCAACACCGUUGCGAGGAAGAUGUACUUCGUCUUCCAAACACUCAAUUCCUUCAUACGUUCUUCAUAUAACCUGAAACUGUUGGACAAACACUUGAGGAACUGGAGGAAAUAUUCCAGCAAGGGCAUACUUUUGCUGCGUGGAAGAUCAAGAAGAACGUGGGGAAGAAGACACUAGCAGAGGUAGUAGAGGUCUCUUACGUCCGGUGGACGACAAGCACCUUAUGAGUAUAUUGUGUACUGCAUCUAUCCUUUUUGAUGACUUCGAUGCC